AGCAUUGUUCUCAGUUCCUGUUCCUUUGCAUCCAUGCUGGCGUUCUCUAGGGAUCACAGUUCUAGUCUCUACUGAAGGGCCACGAUGGGCCUCCUGGAACAUCGGUGUGUUUAUCUGCAUUCGAUGUGCUGGAAUCCACAGGAAUCUGGGGGUGCACAUAUCCAGGGUAAAAUCGGUGAACCUCGACCAGUGGACUCAAGAACAGAUUCAGUGCAUGCAAGAGAUGGGAAAUGGAAAGGCAAACCGACUUUAUGAAGCCUAUCUUCCUGAGACCUUUCGACGACCUCAGAUAGACCCAGCUGUUGAGGGGUUUAUUCGAGAUAAAUAUGAGAAGAAGAAAUACAUGGACCGAAGUCUGGACAUCAAUGCCUUUAGGAAAGAGAAAGAUGACAAGUGGAAAAGAGGGACUGAAGCAGCUCCAGAGAAAAAAAUGGAACCUGUUGUUUUUGAGAAAGUGAAAAUGCCACAGAAAAAAGAAGAUCCACAGCUACCUCGGAAAAGUUCCCCCAAAUCCACAGCACCUGUCAUGGAUUUGUUGGGUCUUGAUGCUCCUGUGGCCUGCUCCAUUACAAAUAGUAAGACCAGCAAUAACCUAGAGAAGGAUUUAGAUCUUUUGGCCUCUGUUUCAUCCCCUUCUUCAGUUUCCAGAAAGGUUGUAGGUUCCAUGCCGACUGCAGGGAGCGCUGGCUCUGUUCCUGAGAACCUGAACCUGUUUCCAGAGCCAGGGAGCAAAUCCGAAGAAAUAGGCAAGAAACAGCUGUCUAAGGACUCCAUCCUUUCACUCUAUGGAUCCCAGACGCCUCAGAUACCUGCCCAAGCAAUGUUCAUGGCUCCUGCUCAGAUGGCAUAUCCCACCGCCUACCCCAGCUUCCCUGGGGUUACACCACCUAACAGCAUCAUGGGAAGCAUGAUGCCCCCGCCAGUGGGCAUGGUAGCUCAGCCAGGAGCUUCUGGAAUGGUUGCCCCCAUGGCCAUGCCUGGGGGCUAUAUGGGCGGCAUGCAGGCAUCAAUGAUGGGUGUGCCCAAUGGGAUGAUGACUACCCAGCAGGCUGGCUACAUGGCAGGCAUGGCAGCCAUGCCCCAGACGAUGUAUGGGGUUCAGCCAGCUCAGCAGCUGCAAUGGAACCUUACUCAGAUGACCCAGCAGAUGGCCGGGAUGAACUUCUAUGGAGCGAAUGGCAUGAUGAACUAUGGACAGUCAAUGAAUGGUGGAAACGGACAGGCAGCAAAUCAGACUCUCAGUCCUCAGAUGUGGAAAUAAAAGCAAAACACCUGUACGGCUGGCAUUCUCCUCAGCUCGCUCUGCUCCUUUCUCUUCCUCUCCUCUCCCAUCCCCUUUCCUGCCUCUCGCUCUUUGGUUUAGAAAUCGCUCAAUAAGUCAUCUGGGGGUUUAGCAUCCUGCCCAACCCAGCCACUUCCCAAACACGAUGACCUCUCUCUUGCUUUGUGUGUUCAUGUCUCUGGCUGUCCCCAUAUCUUCCCUAGCCACAGCUCCUGCCCUCUUCUGGCACCAGCACCUUAGAAAUGGUCAGCAGAAGGCACUUAACUGCAGGGAAAAUGUGUGCACCUUUCAAUUCCUUUCCUCAAGAUUGUGCCCCCAUGAGACCCUCAGAAAGGUUUGUGGGUGUUGUGUGUGAGGCAGAGGGAGGGUGUGGAGGUCCUUCUGCUGUUUCUUAGUGCUGGAAGUUUUGGUUGAAGAGGGAGGCAUCAUGUUGCCAAGCUUGAGAAUGAAGACAGUACUGCAAUCACAUACUCCUUGGGCCUUGGAUCAGGUUGACCCUAGCCCUGGGGUGAGGCAAGCCCCUUCCUGUGAGGAUGAGCAAAAAUCUGAUUCCACUUCACCCUGAAUGCUUCCUGGAUCUGGGGCUUCAGGACACUCUGCUUCCAUCAGCCUUUAUUAGCACCAAAGACUUCAUGAAGGCCACCCCCAGACCCACAGCCCUUGCUCACCCCCACCUGCCUUCAGGAUCCAGCUCAUGGCUGGAGGACCAACCCCUAUGGGAAUGCAGCACCUAACAUAUGCAUUUUGUGUGUGUGUGUGUGUGUGUGUGUGUGUGUGUGUCCAUCCAUACAUCUACUACCUACGCUUUCCCCAUCUUCUCUUCAAUAUUUUUUAUUUUGUUUUAGGUUUACACCAGAGAGGAGUUAAUUUAUCAACAACUUGAAACUGUUGCAAGUUUUUCUUACAGUUUUCAAAAAAAUGCCAUCUCGUUGAUCGUUCCCUUUCUCCUUUCCCUUCCCCUGUCCUGCAGUCAGUUUCAUGCCUGCAUAUCCAGGUGUCCUGUGUAUGAGACAGAGAACCUGGACAGCUAUCUUCUCAGCCAUUGUUUACCCCACUUGAAAAUUUAAACAAGACAACUUUGCUUAAAAGAUUUCACAUGUGGGAACCACAAUGCCUGGUUGCCUUUCUCCUGUGUAUGUGUAAAUUCCUUAAUAAACAUUGCAGGGAAGGAC